AUGGAGGAAGUUUUGUUGACUAACCUAGAUACUAACAAGCUAGAGGCCAUUGCUCAGGAGAUAUAUGUAGAUCUCAUAGAGGAUUCUUGUUUGAGCUUCUGCUUUGAGGUACACUGGGCAGUCAAGUGCGGCAACUUCUACCAGAAGUUAGCAGAGAUUGGUAGUGUAAAGGAUUUUGGCAUCCAACCAGUGGAAGAUAAAGGAGCAUGCCACCUUUUGCUUUGUUCCCUUCCUGGAACUGGGGAUGGGCCUGAUCAGCAGCUAUAGCACUCACCUCCAGAAUUCCAGUAG